CAGUUAUCCUAAUUAUUUGGAUAUACAAUUCCGGUACUAGAGUUAGAUAUCUUCCGCAUACAUUUGAAGCUUCAGGAAGCGACAGUUCUGCGCCUAUUACUCUUUAUUUCAUUCUACAUGAUCAUUUCUGUGAAGAUUUCAAGAGGUAUUAUUUCCUUCCUUAGGGUGGGGCUUAAAUAUCCUUCCGCAACAGCGGUACGGUCGCACCGCAGUCGCCCGUGAUUUGAUGCUAGUGUUGUUUUCACUGUUGACCUGUGGCUGUUGAUAGUAACAAUUCCUGUGAGGUUGAAGGUUGAGCUGUCACAAUGACGACAGAUAUAUCUGUUGCCGUUCGGUGGGAUCCUGUAAAUCAGCAGGAGCUUGAUGAUUAUGACUAUGAUGGAGGAAACAGCUCUUCCAGGUUGUUUGAAAGAUCUAGGAUAAAAGCUCUGGCAGAUGAAAGAGAAGCAGUACAGAAGAAAACAUUUUGUAAAUGGGUAAAUUCUCAUCUUGUUCGUGCCAACUGUAGAAUCACAGAUUUAUACACAGAUCUUAGAGAUGGCAAAAUGUUGAUUAAACUGUUAGAAAUCUUAUCGGGAGAAAGACUGCCAAAACCUACUAAAGGAAAAAUGAGAAUUCACUGCCUUGAAAAUGUAGAUAAAGCUCUGCAGUUCCUUAAAGAUCAGCGGGUACAUUUGGAAAAUUUAGGAUCCCAUGAUAUUGUAGAUGGAAAUCCUCGACUCACUUUAGGUCUUAUAUGGACCAUCAUUCUAAGGUUUCAGAUUCAAGACAUCACAAUUGAGGAAGUUGAUAAUCAAGAAACUAAAUCUGCUAAAGAUGCAUUAUUAUUGUGGUGCCAAAUGAAAACUGCUGGCUAUCCCAAUGUUAAUAUCAGGAAUUUCACUACUAGUUGGAGAGAUGGUUUGGCCUUUAAUGCAAUUAUUCAUAAGCACAGACCUGAUUUAAUUCAAUACGAUAAGCUUUCUAAAUCAAAUGCCAUCUAUAAUUUGAAUAAUGCCUUUUCUACUGCUGAAGAACAUCUUGGUGUAACAAGACUACUAGAUGCUGAAGAUGUUUAUGUUGAAAAUCCUGAUGAGAAAUCUAUCAUUACAUAUGUUGUCACAUAUUAUCAUUACUUCUCUAAAAUGAAGGCUGAAACUGUCCAAGGAAGGAGGAUUGGAAAAGUUGUUGGAUUAGCAAUGGAAAAUGACCAACUAAUUGAUGAAUAUGAAACCUUGACUACAGAUCUUCUUCAAUGGAUUGAACAAACUAUACUAGCAUUAUCCGAUCGAAAGUUUGCCAAUUCAUUAUCAGGUGUACAACAACAGCUCACAGCAUUCAACAAUUAUAGAACUACUGAAAAACCACCCAAGUUCCAAGAGAAAGGCAAUCUUGAAGUUCUGCUUUUCACAAUACAAAGUAAAAUGAGAGCUAACAACCAAAAUCCCUACUUUCCAAAAGAAGGACAGAAAAUUGGUGACAUCAAUAGAGCUUGGGAGCGUCUGGAAAAAGCUGAGCAUGAAAGGGAAUUGGCUUUACGUGAAGAAUUAAUAAGGCAAGAAAAAUUAGAACAAUUGGCUGCAAGGUUUGAUCGUAAAGCUGGAAUGAGAGAAACAUGGCUCAGUGAAAACCAGAGGCUGGUAUCUCAGGAUAACUUUGGUUUUGAUUUAGCAUCAGUAGAGGCUGCUGCUAAGAAACAUGAAGCAAUAGAGACAGAUAUUUAUGCUUAUGAGGAAAGAGUUCAAGCAGUUGUUGCUGUUGCACAAGAACUUGAGACAGAAAACUAUCAUGAUAUUGACAGAAUCAAUGCCAGGAAAGACAAUGUUCUACGGUUGUGGAAUUAUCUUCUGGAACUUCUCAGAGCUCGACGAAGUCGUCUUGAGAAGUCUAUGGCUUUGCAGCAGACAUUCCAAGAAAUGAUAUUCAUUUUAGAUUCUAUGGAAGAAAUCAAAGCUAGAUUACUAUCUGAAGAUUAUGGAAAACAUCUUAUGGGAGUUGAAGACUUGCUUCAGAAACAUAGUCUGGUUGAAGCUGACAUCAAUGUCUUAGGCGAAAGAGUUAAAGCUGUUGUACAGCAUUCUCAAAAAUUCAUUGAUGAAGAAGAACAUGGUUAUCGUCCUUGUGAUCCAAAUAUAGUAACAGACAGAAUAAACCAAUUAGAAGCUGCAUAUUCUGAAUUGGUGCAUCUUGCCCUUGAAAGAAGAAACAAACUAGAUGAAUCUAGAAAAUUAUGGCAAUUCUAUUGGGAUAUGACAGAAGAAGAAACCUACAUCAAAGAGAAAGAACAGAUCUUAUCUUCGGAUGAUAUUGGUCAUGACUUGACUACUGUACAUUUGCUCAUUUGUAAAAAUAAGGCAAUGGAAGAUGAAAUAUCUUCUCAUGAGCAACAGUUGCAUGAUGUUAUUCAAGUUGGAGAAGACCUUAUAGCAGCUAACCAUUUUGGAUCUGACAGAAUAAGAGAUAGAAUUGGAGAAGUGAACGGUAUGUGGGAUCAUCUGAAAGAAUUACUGGCCACACGUAAACAGAGAUUAUAUGAUGCUGUUGACUAUCAUCAAUUCUUUGCCGAUGCAGAUGAUGUUGAUACUUGGAUGCUUGAUACAUUGCGUUUGGUAUCGAGUGAGGAUGUGGGACGAGAUGAAGCCAAUGUGCAAUCUCUACUGAAGAAACAUAAGGAUGUUACUGAUGAACUUAAAAAUUAUGCUAACACAAUUGAUGCACUUCAUGCUCAAGCAUCUGCCCUUGGAGAAAAGGAUCGUGAAGCACCAGAAGUUCUGGAGCGUUUGGCCAGUAUUGAUCGCCGCUACAAAGAUUUGGUAGAACUUGCUAAACUGAGAAAGCAGCGUCUGUUAGAUGCACUCUCUCUGUACAAAUUGUUUAAUGAAGCAGAUGGUGUUGAACAAUGGAUUGUAGAGAAGGAGAAAAUGAUAGAUAGUAUGGCUAUGAGUCGAGACAUGGAGGAUAUUGAAGUAAUGCGGCAUAGAUUUGAAGGCUUUGAGCAAGAAAUGAAUACCAAUGCUACCAGAAUGGCUGUAGUAAAUCAAUUAGCUCGUCAGUUGUUAAAUGUAGAACACCCAAAUUCAGAAGAAAUCAUGGCCAGGCAGAAUCAACUCAAUCAAAGGUGGUCAGCUCUACAAGAAGUUGCUGAACAAAAGAAAGAAGAAAUCAAUUCAGCCCAUGGUGUUCAGACUUUCCAUAUUGAAUGCAAAGAAACUAUUACUUGGAUUGAAGAAAAGACUAAAUUGCUGCAAGCAACUGAAGAACUUGGUAAUGAUCUUACUGGCAUCAUGACAUUGCAGAGGAGACUUAGUGGCAUGGAACGAGAUUUGGCUGCAAUUCAAGCAAAGUUGGAUUCAUUGGAACAAGAGGCAGAUAAAAUACAAGGGGAUCAUCCUGAGGAAGCAGAAGCUAUUAGAGAAAGAGUAACUCAGAUUAAAACAGUCUGGGAGCAAUUAACACAAUUGCUCAAAGACCGAGAUGCUAAACUUGAAGAAGCUGGUGACUUGCAUCGCUUCCUUAGAGAUUUGGAUCACUUCCAAGCUUGGCUCACCAAAACACAGACUGAUGUUGCAUCUGAAGAUAUUCCAUCUAGUCUUUCAGAAGCUGAAAAGCUUCUCAGCCAGCAUCAACAAAUCAGAGAUGAAAUUGAUAACUAUACUGAAGAUUAUAAUAGCAUGAUGGAGUAUGGUGAAAAGGUUACUCAGGAUCAAACUGAUGCUCAGUAUAUGUUCUUGCGAGAACGUCUAAAAUCAUUGCAAGAUGGAUGGACUGAAUUACACCAAAUGUGGGAGAACAGGCAACAGUUGUUAUCUCAAAGUUUGAACUUGCAGAUGUUUAUGCGUGAUGCCAAACAAGCAGAAGUUAUAUUAAAUCAGCAAGAACACUACUUAUCCAAGGAUGAAACACCGACAAACCUAGAGCAAGCAGAAGACUUAAUUAAGCGGCAUGAAACUUAUUUGGCAACAAUGGAAGCUAAUGAUGAAAAGAUCAAUGCUGUUGUAUUAUUUGCGCAACGGUUAUGUGAUGAAGGCAAUUUUGAUGCUGAUAAAGUUCACAAGAAGGCUGAAAACAUUACAGAAAGACGAAAUGCCAACCAUGCUCGUGCUGCUGAACUGAUGGAAAAAUUGAAAGAUCAGCUAAUGUUACAUCACUUCUUACAAGAUUGUGAAGAGUUAAAUGAAUGGAUUCAAGAAAAAUCCAUAAUUGCCCAGGAUGAGACAUAUCGCAGUGCUAAAACAAUUCACAGUAAAUGGAUGCGCCAUCAAGCCUUUGCUGCCGAAGUGAAGUCUAAUAAGAAUAGACUGUACCAAGUUGAACAGGCUGGCAGAGAUUUGAUGGCUGAGAAACCUGAAUUAGCUCCCCUAAUUGAACCGCGUUUGAAUGAAAUUGCCCAACAGUUUGAAGACUUAGAAAACACAACCACCCAGAAGGGUGAGAAACUCUUUGAUGCUAACAGACAAGUAUUGUAUGAACAAACAUGUGAUGAUAUUGAUGGCUGGAUAAGCGAAUUAGAAACGCAAGUAUUGUCUGCAGAACCUAGUCAAGAUGUGGUCAGCUUGACUGGUGUGAAUCUCAUACUCCAGAAACAACAGAUGAUUGAAACACAAAUGGCUGUGAAAGCACAGCAAGUUACUGAACUUAAGAGCCAGGCUGAUUACUUGAGGAAAAUGGAUCCUGAGAAGGAAGAAGAAAUUGUUGUUAAGAAAUCAUACGUAGAAGAAAGAUUCGAGAGAUUACAACAACCAUUGUUGGAGAGGAAGGCUUUGCUUUUGAAGAAAAAAGAGGCUUACCAGUUCAGGAGAGAUGUUGAAGAUGAAAAAUUAUGGAUCUCUGAAAAGUUGCCACUCACACAGUCAACUGAUUAUGGAAAUAGUCUCUUCAGUGUACAGAUGUUGAAGAAGAAAAAUCAGUCUCUGAGAACUGAAAUAGAAAACCAUGAGCCUAGAAUUAUGCACAUCUGUGAAAAUGGCCAGAAACUUAUAAGUGAAGGUCAUGAAGAUUCAGGUGAAUUCCAACGAUUAAUUGAUGAUCUGUUACAACAAUGGCAAGAUUUGAAGAAAGCUCUUGAUGCUCGAGAGGAUAAAUUAUUGGAAUCGGAGAAGGCACAACAGUAUUAUUUUGAUGCCAGUGAAGCUGAAGCCUGGAUGAGUGAGCAAGAAUUGUACAUGAUGGUUGAAGACAGAGGCAAAGAUGAAAUCAGCACUCAGAAUCUCAAGAAGAAACAUGAGAGCCUUGAAAAUGCAGUUGAAGAUUAUGCUGAGACUGUCAGGCAAUUGGGAGAGACUGCUAAGCAGUUGGCAUCCGAAGGUCAUCCAGAAAGUGAUCAAAUCAUUGUAAGGCAGUCGCAAGUUGAUAAAUUGUAUGCUGGAUUGAAAGACUUAGCACUGGAACGUAGGGCUAAACUUGAUGAAGGAUUGAAAUUAUUUUCACUCAAUAGAGAAGUGGAUGACAUCAUGCAAUGGAUUGCUGACCGAGAAAUGGUUGCUGGUUCUCAUGAACUUGGGCAAGAUUAUGAUCAUGUUGUGAUGCUACAAGAACGCUUCAAAGAAUUUGCUCGUGAUACUGAAGUUAUUGGAACAGAAAGAGUAGCUGAAGUAAAUGAAGCAGCUGACCAGUUGAUUGCCAGUGGACAUUCUGACAGUGCUGUUAUAGCCGAAUGGAAGGACACUCUAAAUGAAGCUUGGGCAGAUUUGUUGGAAUUGAUUGAUACUAGAACACAGAUGUUAGCUGCUUCAUGGAAAUUGCAUAGAUUCUUCCAUGACUGUAAAGAUCUUUUAGGAAGAAUACUAGAAAAACAAAAUUCUAUGUCAGACGAACUGGGUAAGGAUGGUGUCAGUGUUUCUAGCCUACAGAGGAAACAUGCAAACUUUGAAAAUGAUUUACAGACAUUAGGAACAGCUGUUCAACAAAUUCAAGAAGAAUCUGCAAGUCUACAGAGUGCCUAUGCUGGUGACAAAGCAAAAGAAAUUACUAAUCAAGAAGCUGAGGUUGUCGGAGCUUGGCAGAAAUUGAUGGGCAUGGUUGAAGGAAGGCGAGUAAAACUGGUUGAUACCAGUGAUUUAUUCAGGUUCCUGAAUAUGGUUAGAGACUUGAUGUUGUGGAUGGAAGAUAUUGUUCGACAAAUGAACACAUCUGAAAAACCAAGAGAUGUGUCUGGUGUUGAACUGUUGAUGAAUAAUCACCAAAGUUUGAAAGCUGAAAUAGAUGCCAGGGAAGAUAACAUGAAUGCAUGUGUGAACCUUGGAAAAGAGCUUCUUGCCAGAAAUCAUUAUGCUUCAAAUGAAAUUAAAGAAAGACUUUUGUCACUAACCAAUCAAAGAACUUCUAUGAUGAAUAGGUGGGAAGAAAGAUGGGAACAUUUGCAGCUCAUUCUGGAAGUAUAUCAGUUUGCUAGAGAUGCUGCUGUUGCUGAAGCAUGGCUUGUAGCCCAAGAGCCUUAUUUGUUAAGCCAAGAACUUGGACAUAGCAUUGAUGACGUUGAGCAGCUAAUUAAAAAGCACGAAGCCUUUGAAAAGUCUGCAGCAGCCCAAGAAGAAAGAUUUGCAGCUCUUGAACGAAUGACAACGUUUGAAUUAAAAGAAUUCAGAAGGAAAGAAGAGGAAGAAGCCGAGAGAAAGAGGCAGGAGGAACUUGCUCGCCUAGCAGCUUUAGAACCUCCUCCACAAGAAGCUCCUCCAGUAGACAGAGUUGAUGGUGAAAAGUCUCCAGAAAAAGAAGCUGUAUCUGUUAGUGGUGAAACAGAAGUAGCACAAGAAGAACGGAAAAGAGUGUCGCCUAGUGCUACAAAGGAAGUUCCUCCUACAGCACAGACUAAAAAGACAGCUACAACUUCAGCUCGCAGUGGACUCCCUCAAGAAUCCCAGUCAGCACCAAGCACUCCUUCUCCUGAAAAGGACAAGAAAAAAAGGUCGCGAUCAAAAUCACCAUUUAGUAGCUGGCGGAAAAAGAAGUCACCAGCUAUCGAUGAUGACGACGAAGAUGAAUCUUUUGAAAAAGGCAGUCCAACAGCUACCUCUUCUGAUGAGGAGGUUCAAUGUGAAGGCUUGUUAGGACGAAAGCAAGAAUGGGAGUCCACUACCAAAAGAGCUAGUAGUCGAUCUUGGGACAAAAUUUAUAUUGUUCUACAAGGAAGCAAGUUAUUUGCUUACAAGGACCAAAGGCAUUACAAACAGGAGCCUGAAAAUUAUUAUCGCAAUGAAGUACCAAUAGAUCUAAGAGGAGCCACAGCACAAGUUCCAUCAGAUUACACAAAAAGGAAGCAUGUUUUCCGCCUCAAAUUGUCUAAUGGUGCAGAAUAUCUCUUCCAAGCUAAAGAUGAUGACGAGAUGAAUUUGUGGCUACAGAAACUUCAAGCAGCCAUUGGAAGCGAAGGAUCCGCUGGUCCAUCACGUUCACAGACACUGCCUGCUGGUGACAAGAAAGACGAACACAAAAAACGAGGCUUUUUCACCCUCAAGAAAAAAUAAAAUCCAGUUCACACACCAAGAUGAAAAUUUGCUUAAAACUCGUUGGACUAUGCAUGUCAGAAGCCACCCCUAAACAACAUUCCUUCUGACUUCUUCCUUAGAACUGCUUCAAUGCAGACAACUUCCUCAUCUUCAAUCAUUCCUUUUUCUGGACUGUAUAAGCGUAGCUUGGGAAGAAGCUGGUUGUAGACAAUGAAUGUUUCUGCUCUAAGCAAAACAAUCUUUUGACUACUUUGUAUACAAUAAUAGUGUUCUAAAGUAAUAUUUCUCAACUUUUAUUCUGAUCUUGCUUUAUUGCAUUUACUCUGUUCACUCCGUGUUUACUGUUGAACCAUUAUCAUCAGAGUUUAGUUGUCUGCACAUGAAGUCGUCGGUUUUGCAAGGAUUUGCCCUGAUGUAAAUAAAAGUGAAGCAAAGAUAAAUUAUAAAAUUUUUUGCUUUGAAUAGUUUACACUUAAAACAAUCCAUGUAAAAUGACAAUGAAGCAGUUAAGUUAAAUUUAUGAAUAGUUAGUGAUUUUGUAGUUUAUUCAUUUCAUUGUUAUUUCUAGUUAAAUUGAUUCAAACUCGGUGUAUUUGUCCCAUUAUCGUUUCUUUGAUAUUACCAUUUUAUCUCAUCUUUAUCUUCAAAAAGAAUCCAUUUUUUAAAAAAAAGAAUUGUUCAAUUUUUCUGAAAUCUUAAUUGAAAUUACCUUAAUUUUAUCAGUUGUUGUUGCUUAUGUUCCUUGUCAUGGUUAGCACUGGUCUUUUUAUGGUCGUUUUAUUGUUCAUUUUUUAUUGCUAUAGUGUUUAUAUUUUGAUCAUGUCUUACUUGAAAUAUGCUAAGCUUUAUAUAUUUUUAUUUUAAAAAUAAAAAAAAAAAAUGUAAAAAUAGAUGUACUUUAAAUGCUUUUGGCAGCUUACAGUGUUUUAUUGUACACAUACUUUAAGAAAAUAAAAAGUUAAAUUAUGUGAA